GUAGUAAGUUUGUAAGUUGUAAGUUGUAAUGCAAGAGUAAGAGCAUGUUCUCGUACAUCUUUGGUAUUGUGUGUAUAGGAUGGGCGGCUGAUGAAGAAGCAGUCACGGAGACGGAGACAUGAGUUGGUAGUUGGGAGUAGUUGGGUAUUGAGAGUAGUCGGGAGCUCUUUAGUUCGAGUCAUAUUGCUGUUAAGUCAGCAUACAAGUGGUGGACAAGCGUUCAUAUAAGUCCGGUUGAAUUCCUCCAAGCCGCGUGUACUGUGUUCGUUUAUUUAUUUGUUUAUUUUUUGUUAAUUUGAAUUUGGUGGAAAUUUUUUGAGCACGUGGUCGAAAUUAUUUUUUUUUGUUUAAGAAAAAUUAAUUUUGUAACUUUGUUUGUUUAUUUCAUUUAAUUAAAAUGGAUAGUAAACAUGUAGAGUUAAUUCGCAGACGUAAUUGAAACAAGUGGAGGAUUUUAGUUAAUUAAUUGAAUAAAAUAAAAUAAAUUUUAUUAAUUGUUAAAAAAAAAGAUGUCAUACUCAAACCGUUUUCCACCGACCCAACACACGAGAUAUAGAAGCAGCUGGGGACCAUCUUCAGUAUCAGCUUUCACACGUGCUGAUGUCCCGAGAGCAUCUCCCGAAGAAGAAGAAUAUGAAUUUUAUCAUGAGAGAAUUCAUUCUGCUCAAAAUCGGCAACUGAUUCCACUACAAGAAGAUUUGGCUGAUUGGAUAAAUAAAGUGAUAAAUGUGGAUUAUAUAACCGGGGAUAAUUUCUUCGAUACUCUAGACAAUGGAGUAGUGGUAUGUAAAUUAGCCCGAGUUAUUCAGGAAAAAGCUCGUGCCGCAAUUGACGCCGGAUUAGCUAAAGGAACAGUACCAGUAAUACGCGGCCGUUGUUGGGAAAAUGCAGCCAGGCGUAGUUUUUUUUCACGCGACAAUAUGGAAAAUUUUAUCCAAUUUUGCCGACGUUUAGGCGUACACGAAAAUUUGUUAUUUGAAAGCGAUGAUCUUGUACUUCAUGGACAACCACGUAAUGUUGUGUUAUGUUUAUUAGAAGUAGCCCGAUUAGCUUCUAAAUAUUCUUUAGAACCACCAGGACUGGUACAAUUGGAACGUGAAAUUGCUGAACAAGAACGUGAAUUACAUUGCAUGUCAGAUAGUGGUAUAUCUCAUAGUAGUUUAGUUUCAUGGCAGUUUCAACCCCCGUCUCCAAUUUCUUCACCUAUACCACCUAAAGAAAAAAUAAAACACAGCUGUUCGGCGUCUGAAAUAACUACGGCGGCACUAUGGCUGAAUCCAACACCUCCGACGACACCACUCGAGCCACCGACGGAAAUGCGUCGUUCAGUGAGUGAUAAUGGACCGACUGGCAGUGACGGAGUACCGAGUGACACCACGGAGGAUGAUUGGUCGCGCGGUAGUGCUGAAGAUCCGGACGAACUUCCGUCACCAGUUAGUUCACCAUCUCCGGCAGAACCUCCGGAACAUGUUGGACCAAUCACUGAACUCGAUAGAAAACUUCUCAAAUAUAUUGAUGUGGGUACUCAAACUCCAGGGAAUUUAACCACAAAUUCAUCUGUACGAAGAGCAGCUGAAGCUAUUCAUAGACUUUGCCAGUGUUCAAAUGAAAAGUGUUCAAAAUUAAAAGUACGAAAAGUCGGCGAGGGUCGCUAUCACAUCGCCGGUCGCAAUGUCUUCAUUAGGCUUCUUAAGGGCCGGCACAUGAUGGUAAGAGUUGGCGGUGGGUGGGAUACACUGGAGCACUUUUUAUCAAGACAUGACCCGUGUCAGGUGAGGGUCCUCAGCCGCGAAAGCACACCGCCUCCUCACACAACCGCAAAGCACACAAAUUUUCUCCACAUACGUGCUAAAUAUCGCAGUUCACCCGCAGAAUCUAUUUCUCGACGUUAAUUGCACAGUGCCUACCACUUAAUUAUUUAUAUUAAUUUAAUAUAUACCAUUUAUUAUAUAUACAUCUUCAUUAUAUAUACCUGGCUUUAUAUAAUGUAAGAAAUCAUCAUCAUAUUAAUUAAUUAAUCAAUCAAUUAAUUAAUUAACUACUCAAUUAUCAUGUGCGCACGUCCAAAUUAAUGUAGUCCACUUUGCCUACUACUUUAUACAUUUAUAAUAAUAUUAAUAUAUAUUUAUACAUUUGUAUAUUUAUAUAUUACAUGAUAUUUAAUAUUUAUAUUUAUAAAUAUUUUUCCAGUCAGGUUUAAAAAUUUUAUAAAAAAAACAAAUAGGUAUAGAAAAAAAAGUUUUCUACGAGAGCAAUAUUUUUUUUUGUAAUGUUGAAAAUCAAUUAAUAAUAAUUAUUAAUUAGUAAUAAAUGAAGGUGUCUUGAUAUUUGCUCAAUCAGAAUUUUUUUUUAUAAAUAAAAUAUUAAAUGUGAUAGUAAUUUUUUUUAAAAUUAAAAAAAAAAUAUUCGAUGUUUGAAUAUUUAUAAAUUACGAAGCAAUUGUAGUAAUUAUUAAUGAUUAAUUACAUUAGCACUUGGUAAUAAAUAGGGCCGGGAUUUUUGCUUUGAUUUGAAACUAACAAUUUAUAACUGAUGGUGUCGAAUUUUGGACACUGCAGCGGAAAUAUUGGUCGUAUAAACAAAUUUUUGAAAUACAAGUUGUUCAAAUUUUAACUUUUUAAAAAUAAUGUCUCUUAUAAUUUUUCUUUAGGACUGAUGAGCAAGCUGUAGUUCUAAAAUUAAGAUUUUGAUAAUUGAUAAAAAUUUGAAUCAUUCAUUAUGAAUCUUAAUUUUGGAAUUACGGUGAAAAUAUUGACCGUAUAAAAAAAAUUUUCAAACAAAAGUUGUAGGAAAUGUAAUUUUCUAGAAAAAAUGUUUCUUAUGAUUUUUUUAUAUGACUAAUAUUUUCCCCGUAAUUUUAAACUUAACAUUUUUUAAAUUGACAAAAAUUUGAAUCAUUCAUUAUGAAUCUUAAUUUAGGGAUUACGGUGAAAAUAUUGGUUGUAUGAAAAAAUCAUAAGGGACGUUUUUUCUAGAAAAUUAAAUUUCCUACAACUUUUGUUUAAAAAAUUUUUUUCUAAGACCAAUAUUUCCGCCGUCAUAUUAAAUAUUUGAACCAUUAAUUUCAAAAGUAAGGCAAAAAUCUUGUCAUAAGUAAUAAAUAUAUAUAAAUAAAAAAGGCACUUAAUAUACUAAAAUUUUCGCUUAAUUGCGAUUUAUUUCCACACAAAUAAAUUCAAUCAGUACAAUAUUUAAAUAUAUUUAUAUAUAAAUAUAUUAAUUGCUUACAUUUAGCUUGAUAAUUGUUAAUCCAAUUUAUCUUUUGUACUUUUAUAAAAAAAAAUAGUUACAAGUAGAGUUUAGAAAUAAAAUUAAUAUUUAUUAAUAGUAAUUUUAAAUAUCUAAUUUAUGUAGUUGUAUAUAAUUAAUAAAAAUUUUUCAGAAAUGCAGGAUUAAAGUGUUUAAGGAAAUACCAAAGCUAAGAAUUUCUAAAAAAGUUAUGUCUGCACGUUGAGGCUAAUAAUUAUUACGUCAAAAUAAUUGUAAUUAUUUUAAUCAUUAACAAUUUACUAUUCGUAUAAUCGUUUAUUGAUAAUGAUAAUUAAUAUACUUGUAUUAAUUAUAUUAAAAUCAUUAAUACUUAGAAAAUUUCGCCAUUAAUAAUUUAAUUAAUUAUUUUUUUUCUAAUGUUGAUAGUUUAUUAUUUAUAAAUAUUAAUGUAUAAUAC